AUGAACAGCAACAAUAACGACGAGGUGCUCUUUGGAGACGCUGAUGAGAAAGCAAAGGCCAAGGCUUCCAGAGGCGGAUCGUCCAAGGCUUCUUCACCUGGUGCUGUUUCUAUGAGCGAUAGUAAAGAAACGAGCAACAAUAAAAGGAGCAGCCGAGGCUCCAAGAAACACAGAAGCAAAAGACACAAGGAUAAACAUUCCACUUCCAGUCGAUCUUCCAGCGGCAAAAGUAAGAAAAGCAGAAGCGUGGAUGAAACUUUGUACGGUAAUGACGACGACGAUGCCAAAGCAAAGGCCAAAGCUUCUGGAGGAAGAUCAAGAGCGGCCAAACCAGGUAUCGAACGGGUGGAAGAAUCAGCAGUACCCAAGCGUGGAGACAAAGGAUAUGUCGCGGAUCCUUUGUUCCGAGGAGAGAAUCAAAACAAAAGUCCCAAUCAUGCAGCAGUGGUCCAGAACAGUAGUAAUAGCGCUACUGCUGCCGGAAUCGUGGUGGAUGAGAAUGGUGUGCCCAAGGUAAAAGACAAUCCCAAAGAUAUGGACGCCCUGGCCAUGGGCGGCAAUUUUGUAGAAACUGACCCAGACGAAAGCAAGGAUAGCGAGAGGAGAAAUUCCAACAAAAAGUGGUUCAUCUUGGUUGCCGUCAUUCUGCUAGUACUUGUGGUUGCUGGUGUGGGAGCCUACUUUGCGCUCACAGGUGGCAACGACGAACAAGAACAAGUAGCACAAGAGAGGACAUCGGCUGUACCGUCAUCAGCACCUAUUGUCCCGUUGAAUGCCGCCCCAACCAUUUCGCCUAGUUGGCAAAUCAACGACAAUUGGCCUAGCAAAUCCGAUUGUGAUGCCAUUGCAACAAACGGAACCAUUGUCGGUGACGUCAAUAGUGAGACUGUUGAUACAUUUCGUAUCUCUUUCGAGGUUAAAAUGUCAAUGAAUGUGGCAAUGUCAGACUACUCGGCAACGGAAUUGGCCAUGGCUAUUCAAAAAUGGAUACUUCCUGCUCUUAUUGGAUGCGACGUCAACACCACUACGCGCCGAGAACUGUCUGAAGUGGCACGCACUGGAAUCAGAGGCUCCACCGAAAACCGGAAACUCGAGAGUGAAGAAUGGCAGCUCGCUAUCUCCAAUGCCUUUGUCAAAGGCAAGCGUAUGCCGAACCAGUCCUGUAGAGAAAAUGUUUCAAGUUGUCAAAUCGUCGAAAUGGAGCUAUACUUGUUCCUUAAGGACGUAAUCGGAGAUCUGAGCGCUCGAGUUCGACAGGAAUUUGAAAGCGGCACCCCUUUGAUAGACGUGUUGCACUUGGACGAUCCCUUCGUUUCAGUGGAACUCGUCGAUUUGUCUGUUUUGGAGUUUGCGGAUGCACCUACUGAAUCGCCAAGCAAGAGUCCUGUAAUACCAGUGAAUCAAUCUCCAACCGCUGCUCCGGCUUCAGGAUCCACUCCUCCACCGGUAGCGGAUCCUACGUUAUCCCCAAUCACCUCACCGGAUGCAAACCCAACGGAAGCACCCGUUCAAGAGCCAACCGAGACACCAGUUCCAGAGCCAACAGAGGCACCCGUUGCCACACCAACGGAGACACCAGUUGUGCCACCUACCGAAGCACCCGUCGUGGUGCCCAACGAGGUGCCGGUUUCAUCUCCCACGUCGGCACCGACUAAGGAACCAUCCCCGCUACCGACACCAGGGCCAACACCCAUACCAACCCCAUCUCCCACCAAGGCACCGACUAAACCUCCAACACAAGCACCAACAAAGCCGCCGACAAAAGUGCCUACAAAUACUCCUACUCCAGCACCCACUCCAGCACCCACUCCAGCACCCACUAAUGCGCCUACUCCACCACCCACUCCACUACCAACAAGAGUUGGUCUUACAGAUAACAUCCCCAUUGGAGGGGACAACGGCGGUUUACCCGGUCUUGGUCCCGGUCCAGGGGGGCAAGGUGGCCAAGGUGGUCAGGGUGGUAGUCGUAUCCCGGGCGGGGGGCUCCGGUAG